UGUUGACGUGUCUUUAGAAUUCAGUUUUCAGUGCUGCAGCAUGUGAGCUGUUUGAUGCUAAAGCACUAUACAAUUAAAAAUAAUAUUAUAAAACCUAUACUCUAAGUAUAGAUUGUUAUGUUGAGAUUAACAUUUCAAAAAUAUAAUACUUAUUUUUUUAAUUGUUAGAGUUUAAAACAGCGUUUAACUAUUUUCGUUUUACAAGGAUCAAUAUCUAUAAACAAUCAAAAUGGUCGACGAAAAUCUUUAUAGAAUUAAAAAAUAUAGCGAUGACACGGCUUUCAGUUGCAUAAGCAAACAUUUUAUUACAUUAAAAGAUGAAGAAAUCAAAGCAAACAAUCAACAUUUGCAUAAUGUUGUCUCUCAAGGAUUAAUUCCACUCAUGAAAGAAGACACUCUUUUCAAAGAUAUAUACAGGAACAUUAAAUAUGAAGGAAGUUAUUUCAAAGGAACAAAAGUGGCGAAGCCCGAUGAAUAUGACCUUAACUUGAGCAUGAAACUACCUUUAAAUUAUAAUGAGUUGCAAGUCGAGACAAAUCAUAAACAUUUUAGUUACGUGAAAAUAAAAGUUAACUCCGAAAGUAAAUUACCCAAGUGGGAGGAACAUAGUAAAAUACUGAAUAAGUGGUUGAGUGACAAGAACUAUUUAAAUCAAAAUAAAUUCCACCAGUGGAUGGAAGCUAUCAUGACAAAUACUUACAAGAAGCUUAAAAAAUCUGACAAUUUUUAUGAACUCGAGGUUGAUGGAAAAAAUUAUCGUAUAAAACAAUUUAAAAAAUCGGGACCAGCAUUCACAAUAUUCGUCGAGCUGGGAGAUCAUCCAACCUUAAUGAGCAUGGAUAUUGUACCUUGCUUAGAAUUAAAUGAUAUAAUACUCCAAGGCUACAAAACUUUUCCUGAUGUGAGUCCUAGUAAAUGUGUUGUCGCCAAACCUAUUAGCAAAGAGCCAGAAGGUGAAUUUCUCUGGAGGUUGAGUUUUUAUGAGCAAGAAAAACAAAUACUCUCGAAUUCUGAAGUAAGCAAACUAAAAGUAGUCGUAAAAAUGAUCAAAAAGUUACGCGACCAAUUGAAUUAUAAGCCUCUGGCUAGUUAUUAUAUCGAGACCAUAUUCCUGCACGAAAUCGCUAAAAGAAAAUCGGACGUUGAUUUUUUUAGAGCUUCGAAAACUUCAUUAUUUAUUUACAUGUUGCAAAAAUUGAUACAGGCCCUUGAAAAAAAAUGCAUACCAUAUUUUUGGCACGAGGGUCACAAUCUAAUAGGACACUUGCAACCACCAGUAAUAGAAAAUUAUGCUAAUCGAUUAAAAAACAUUCUAUUGAGCAUAGAUAAAAAAAUAGUUGAUGAUCGUUUUGCAAUGGCUGAGUUUUUAUUAAACGAAGAGGAAAAAAAAAAUCUACUUGAAAUAGUUGAAUCAUCAAAAACGAAUGGAAGCGAUACACAAAAUUUGGAAAAGUCUGAGGUCAUUAAGAAGAUAAAGCAUGUAAUUAAUGAUGGCAAAAACAAGGAAAAUCAAAAUUCUUUUGCGACAAUUGUCACGCAUGCAAUCAUCGAUAGAAAGGAAAAUGAUUUAGAAAGAAGGAUCGCCUUUGUUUGUGAAGAGUUAAAGAAUCUGGGUCAAAUGAAGGAACAAAUACCCCUGGCAGAUUUGAACAAGCUCAGCGAAAGUUUUAAAAUUAUGUUUAGCUGACUCGAUUGGCGAACA